AUGCACGACCCAGAGGCAGAUGAAGAUCUGGAUAAUGCUCCAGAUAAAUCAAAUGCCGAAUUAGUCUAUAUUGCGAUGAGCGCCCACGGAAAUGCGGACGCGGACGAGCCAAAGACGCUCAGUGAUGCCAAGAGAUCACUCGAGUGGCCCAAAUGGGAACAGGCAGUCCAAAUGGAACUCAAUCAACUACAGGGUAUGGAGACUUGGGAGUUAGUGGAACCUCCCAAAGAUCGAAAACUCGUAGGAAAUAAAUGGGUUCUAGUCAAGAAAACAAACAAAGAGGGUGAAAUAAUUAAAUACAAAGCCCGCCUGGUUGCGAAGGGAUAUUCUCAAAUCCCAGGCAUGGACUAUACCGAGACGUUAGCGCCCGUAGUCCGCCUCGAAACCAUUCGAGCUAUCCUCGGGCUAGCCGCAAUCUUAGAUUGGGAGAUCGGACAGAUGGACGUGAAAGGCGCCUAUCUUAACGGAACUCUCAAAGAAGAAGUGUACAUGCGGCAACCCGAAGGAUACAGCGAUGGAACAUAUCGCGUAUGUAAAUUAAAGAAAACCCUCUACGGGCUAAAGCAGUCUGGCCGAGAAUGGAAUAUCGCAAGUUACUAG